UUGAAGAGACGCGGCGAGUGCCCCGGAAGCGGAAGUGUAUGCCCUUCUUGAAAGGCUGGACUACGCCGAGUGGUGACGUUUCCUCAUUGGGCGGAAGGUUCGGUGGCAGUCGUCGGUCUUCCAGCUGGUGGGAGUUGGCGUUGCGGUGCUGGGCGCUGGGACCCUAGUUUAUCCAGUUUGGGAAGUCGGGCUGUGGGGUCGCACCUGUCUGUUUGAUCCCCGCGUUCCCUGGUUUCCUCCCCUGGCGUGGGGCUUCGCGAAGGUCUCCCCGGCCCCUUUGGGCCACGGCGGUAGCGGUGCCUUUUGCGAUUUUCUUGUAAUCACAUCUUAAAGCUUUCAAGAUGGUACUAGCAGACCUUGGAAGAAAGAUAACAUCAGCAUUGCGCUCAUUGAGCAAUGCCACCAUUAUCAAUGAAGAGGUCUGCUAUUGAUCUUGAAGAGAUGGCAUCUGGUCUUAACAAAAGAAAAAUGAUUCAGCAUGCUGUAUUUAAAGAACUUGUGAAGCUUGUAGACCCUGGAGUUAAAGCAUGGACACCCACUAAAGGAAAACAGAACGUGAUCAUGUUUGUUGGAUUGCAAGGGAGUGGUAAAACAACUACAUGUUCAAAGUUAGCAUAUUAUUAUCAGAGGAAAGGUUGGAAGACCUGUUUGAUAUGUGCAGACACAUUCAGAGCAGGGGCUUUUGACCAACUAAAACAGAAUGCAACCAAAGCAAGAAUUCCAUUUUAUGGAAGCUAUACAGAAAUGGAUCCUGUUAUCAUUGCCUCUGAAGGAGUGGAGAAAUUCAAAAAUGAAAACUUUGAAAUUAUUAUUGUUGAUACAAGUGGCCGUCAUAAACAAGAAGACUCUUUGUUUGAAGAAAUGCUUCAAGUUGCUAAUGCUAUACAACCAGAUAACAUUGUUUAUGUGAUGGAUGCCUCCAUUGGACAGGCUUGUGAAGCCCAGGCUAAGGCUUUUAAAGAUAAAGUAGAUGUAGCCUCAGUAAUAGUGACAAAACUUGAUGGCCAUGCAAAAGGAGGUGGCGCUCUCAGUGCAGUUGCUGCCACAAAAAGUCCAAUUAUUUUCAUUGGUACAGGGGAACAUAUAGAUGACUUUGAACCUUUCAAAACACAACCUUUCAUCAGCAAACUUCUUGGUAUGGGUGACAUUGAAGGACUGAUAGAUAAAGUCAACGAGCUGAAGUUGGAUGACAAUGAAGCACUUAUAGAGAAAUUGAAACAUGGUCAGUUUACGUUGCGAGACAUGUAUGAGCAAUUUCAAAAUAUCAUGAAAAUGGGCCCCUUCAGUCAGAUCUUGGGGAUGAUCCCUGGUUUUGGAACAGAUUUCAUGAGCAAAGGAAAUGAACAAGAGUCAAUGGCAAGGCUAAAGAAAUUAAUGACAAUAAUGGAUAGUAUGAAUGAUCAAGAACUUGACAGUACUGAUGGUGCCAAGGUCUUCAGUAAGCAACCAGGAAGAAUCCAAAGAGUAGCAAGAGGAUCAGGGGUGUCAACAAGAGAUGUCCAAGAACUUUUGACACAAUAUACCAAAUUUGCACAGAUGGUAAAAAAGAUGGGAGGUAUCAAAGGACUUUUCAAAGGUGGUGACAUGUCUAAGAAUGUGAGCCAGUCACAGAUGGCAAAAUUGAAUCAACAAAUGGCCAAAAUGAUGGAUCCAAGAGUUCUUCAUCAUAUGGGUGGUAUGGCAGGACUUCAGUCAAUGAUGAGGCAAUUUCAACAGGGUGCUGCUGGCAAUAUGAAAGGCAUGAUGGGAUUCAAUAACAUGUAAAGAAGAUGCCUUAAUAUAAACUGACUCUGUUGAUUACAUUAUUUGCUGAGACCUCAGAAUUUCCCCUCCUUUUUGCAAAUGGGAAAAAAAAAAAAAGUAUUUUUCUUGCCUGUCUUGCCCCCUUUCUCUUCUUGUCUUUUCCCUUCCUUUUCUUUCCUUCUUUUUCCCUUCCUCCCUUUCAUAUGGGAGGAAUAUAUGGUUGUUGUGGAAAUCAUUAUAUUUUUGCUUUAGAUUUUCUUUUCUGUUAGUUUCAACCAUCAUAACACUUCGGAAGUUAAACAAAUCAUGAUGUAAAAUUUUAGUACUUAAAAGUUUUUAAUUGUCUCAAAGGCCAACCAUUACCUUUGUAAACAGUCCUGGUCAGUAGUUACAUGAUGUCUCAAUAAAAGUGCUAUACAAUAAACUUCAAAGUCAUUAUAAGUUAAGGGGUUGUUUAACUUUCUUUAUGGUUUAAAAUGAUCAGUGUAUCAUGUUAAAAGGCAGACAAAAAGAUAAUAUUUAAAACUGUUCCCAGAAGUAUACCUUUGUUGGGACACAUGGUAGAGUAACCUAACCAUUAGUAUUAGGAAUUUUUGUUUAACUUGGAAUAAUUAAGAUAAUUUUGCCAUAGAAAAUCUUAACUCUGACAUUUAAAUUGAAAUUGUGAAUUUGGUUAUAGUUCACAAUUUAAUGUUUUAUACAUAACUUUCUUUUUUUUACCUCAUAUUUUUGAAGCCUGAAUGGCAAUAUUUGAUUUUCUUGCAAAGCCAAUUUUGUUGUUUCUUACAUACCAAAAAUCUGCUUGAAGAAAUUGAUAUACUUUGAUGAUAAUAGCUGAUGUAUAGAUCUCCUAAUGGGAAUAUAAUUGCAGAUAUUAGGAUGUCAUUAUUAUAUAUUAAAAAGAAUGAGACCAUAACAA